CACUCGUCGUCGGGUGAUCCUCGCUGCGUUCGCUGCGUCCGCGUCGAAACAAAUCAUUCAGUCUACGAAACUUUGUCGCGAAAUUGCGCUCAAUUGGUAUCGCAUCUGGAACGCUCAAUCUCCAUCCGAGGCCGAGAUGUUUCUUUCAUCGAUUGAUGACUACUGUGAUGCUAUGAAUUCUCCGCGGAGGCGCUUCAUCUUCCUCACGCGGGCUUGAAAUUCUGGCUUGGAUCUGGUACAGAUCCAAGUCCAUGGUACUGAUCUGGCCCGCAGAUAGGAUAAGCUCAUCCAUUCUCGUGCUACCAUCUUCUUCUGACUGCCGUCUAGGCCAGAAAGCAUACGUGAGUGUCGGUUUUCGUCAGCCUGAACUGGUGAUGUAGUCAAAAUCAAGGAUUACAGAACGAAAAGUGCUAGAACUGAUCGAUAGAAGGCUGAAGCACUGAAGCAUUUUUGCUAUCAGGAAAGCCCGGCUGCUAUGUAGAUUCCUCUCGUGGUAGAUUAUUCCCUGUAGUAUUUUGUAUUUUCUCUAGAGAGAGAGAGAGAGAGAGAGAGAGAGAGAGAGAGAGAGAGAGAGAGAGAGAGAGAGAGAGAGAGAGAGAGAGAGAGAAGCAGCCAUGGGGAUCAUAAGCACUCUGUUGACGAUAUGUGGAUUUGGAGUUGGGAUCAUCCUCGGCCUCGUUGCUGGAUACAUCAUGUUCAUCUACUUUGAGCCUGACGACGUCAAGGAACCUCGUGUAAGGCCUUUGUUCGAGCUUGAUAAGAAAUCGGUUGAAGAGUUACUACCAGAAAUUCCCUUAUGGGUGAAGAAUCCUGAUCAUGAAAAGGUGGAUUGGAUGAAUACAUUCAUGGAAGAAAUGUGGCCAUAUUUGAACAAGGCUCUUUGCAAGAUAAUUCGAUCUACAGCAGAACCUUACAUUACUGAGUACAAACCAAAGUAUAACCUGGACUUGGUCGAAUUUGAAUCGCUCACCCUCGGUACUCUGCCUCCAUCGUUUGUAGGUGUGAAAGUACAUGAGACUACUGAGAAGGAAAUGAUUUUUGAGGUUUCGGUUAAAUGGGCUGGAAACCCGGACAUCAAGCUCGCCGUGAAGGCUUACGGUUUGAAAGCUGUCGCACAACUGGUAGAUUUUCAACUGUUUUUGACAGCACGAAUCACCUUGGCGCCUUUGGUCGAUGUCUUUCCUUGCUUCUCCAACAUCUCUGUUUCUCUCAUGGAGAAGCCACACGUGGACUUCGGACUGAAACUGUUUAAUGCGGAUCUGAUGGCUAUUCCAGGCUUAUAUCGAUUUGUUCAGGAAUAUCUCAAGCAGAUGGUUGCAAGAAUGUACUUGUGGCCAAAGACCUAUGACAUUGGUGUCCUCGAUAGCUCAAUAGGUGAGAAGCAGCCACAGGGUAUGUUGUACGUCAGCGUAAUUAAGGCUAAAGAUCUGAAGAAUAAAGAUUUUCUGGGCAAGUCGGAUCCAUAUGUGAAGCUGACAGUGGGAAACUCAACUCAAAAGACGCGAACGAUUAUGAACAAUCUGAAUCCCGAAUGGAACGAGACCUUUAGUCUUGUUGUAGAUGAUCCUGAAACAGAAUCGCUCGAUAUAUCUGUAUAUGAUUGGGAUAAGGUUGGUACUCAUGACAAGUUAGGUGUGCUUGUCAUCCCCUUGAGAACACUUGUGCCUGAACAACUGCAUCCUUUCACUAAGAGGUUGAUGAAGAACAUGGAUCCAAAUGAUGUUGCAAACAAGAAAAAUCGAGGCGAGAUUACCAUUGAGCUCACCUACAAACCAUUCAAAGAAGACCACCGUGCAGAUCAUCAUGAAAGUGAUGAUUAUGAAGAUGGCGAAAGCAACGAUAGUCCAAUUGUUUCUGCUGCUCCUUCUGUACUCACGGGUCCUAUUGUGGUACCACCCGGGGGAGGUUUGCUCGUGGUCAUUGUGCACCAAGCGGAAGAUUUAGAAGGAAAAUACCACAACAACCCUUACGUCAAAGUUACAUUCAGAGGAGAGCAAAGGAGGACUAAGGCCAUUAAGAAGAGCAGAGAUCCCAAGUGGGAACAAGAUUUUGAGUACACACUGGCUGAUCCGCCUCUCAAUGAUCGCUUGCUAUUGGAGAUUUGUAGCAAAAGCAAAAAUCUUAUCCACUCCAGGGAAACACUGGGUCGAGUCGAGAUUGAUCUUUCCGAUGUGGUCAGAAACCGUCGUAUGAAUGAGAAAUAUCAGUUAUUGGAUUCAAAGAAUGGAAAAGUUCAGGUGGAAUUGCAAUGGAGAAGUACUGGAACUGUUAGUAGACACUUCACAAUAGAGGGUUGAGUUAAUUCUAAUUGAGAGUCACAUGAGAACGUACAUUUUUUCCUCACCUGGGAAUCUAAGAAGGUAUCAAACACACCGGUGUCAGCCACACCUGGAAAGCACAUUGAAGAGGCAAGUACAGGCAUAUCUGCGAAGCGUCAACUUCGGAAGAUAUGGUCAUGAGAUCCUUCCGCUUACAGGAUUGGAUUUCAUUUUUGUGGCAAGAAGACGCAGGUAACGAAAGCUUGGCAAGGAAGCGGAUAUUUAGCUCUGUUUUAGGUGGCAGCCCAUGUCAAGGUUCAUCAAGUACAGCGGAUAAUUAAGAAAUCUUAUGUUCUUUAGAUGGAGAAUCAUGUCAGGGUUUGUCGAUGUCAAGCGAUCCGGACGUCAAGUUGAUGGUCCUGCCUCAAUACGGAAGCUGGGAAGAAUGCCUAGCAACUGAAUGUCAAUUACGGCAUUAGUGCAGUGAGAAGGACGAUAGUCCUUUGUGGAUAUUGUAUUGUUACUCUCGGUAACGAAAUGGGAGCAAGUAACACUCUCGCCCCUGGUGCCGC